UCUGGAAUCCUAAGAUAGCUCAUUUUGGCUGAUCCAGGCAGGGGCCCGCUUCAGGACGGCUGAGAUGCCUCAAAACAAUACCUUGAAAGGAAACCGUGCAAAUGCUGAACUCACCGUUGAAGAAUGGCUGCAGUCCAAGGCUGCAAAGGGUCCCUCUCCGGGCCUUGCUUCUCUGCAGUGGAGCUCAGGAUCCCAUGGCAGAACACUCUCCCCUGGCUCCAGAUUGGAAGUUGGGACUUCAGGUGAUCAAGCUGAGCUGUUCCAAAUAGCCAAAACCAAGCUUUACCGUCGUCGCUGGGUCAUGCUUUUUCUCUUCAGUGCAGUCUCAGCUAACAAUGCCCUCAUGUGGCUCCAGUACGGCAUCAUUAGUAACAUUUUCAUGCGCUUCUACAACGUCGAUGCCCUGGCCAUCAACUGGUUAUCUAUGAUCUACCUGCUCACAUACGUGCCCCUUGUUCUGCCCGUCCUCUGGCUCCUGGACAAUAGGGGAAUCCGGGAUGUUGUCCUUGCCGGGUCAGCCUUUAACUGCAUCGGUACCUGGAUAAAAGUUAGCAGUGCCAGUCCGGAUAUGUUCCUGGUGACCUUCUUUGGACAGUUUAUGUGCUCAGUUGCCACAGUGUUUGUUCUUGGUAUUCCUUCUUACCUUGCCUCAGUAUGGUUCGGAGAGAACGAAGUUUCAACGGCUUGCUCCAUCGGGGUUCUGGGAAACCAGGAUGUCGUACUCACAUAAGAUUAUGGCAUCGUCUUCACUUUCACUUCAACAUUCUGGAGCA